AUGUUGCGCGCGCGUGAAGAAGACUAUCAAGUGGCAGGGCCUUCUACGAGCACUGAAGUGGUGCCUGUCGACCAGUUGUCCGUGGACCGUCAACAGCUCAUCAGGCAGGCCGCAGCGUGCUAUGAACAAACCGUUAAAAACAUCAACGUGCUAAAUUCUGAGGAUGUCCAAGUCGGACCCAAGUUUAUCUCCGUAUCGCAGAAUGUUGAAAACAUUGAGGUGGCCAGAGGUCGUAUUCUGGGUCUUCAGUUGGUGUCGCGACAAAUGAAUAAACCCCUACGUUGUAGCGUCGCUGUCUUCGUCUGCUGGACUCUUGUAGUUGCUAUUAUCCUGAUAAGCUUCAUAUUCUACAUGGUUUUUAACAAGAACCCCACUCGUUUAGACCUAGAUAUCCACGAGCCAUGGUAUUUAAGACGUGACGAUUGGUACGCAAACGACGACCGCGGGAUAACGCUUCUCAACCUCCCAAUUUCAAUGGUAAUCAUCUCGCAUUCGGUGCGGGAGUAUUGCACAGAAAAAUAUCAGUGUGUUCAGUAUGUGCUUGAUAUUCAAAGGGACCAUCUGACGGAGAAUCGCUGGGAUGAUAUAGGCCCCAACUUCCUCGUUGGCGGCAACGGAUAUGUAUUUGAGGGCAGGGGGGCUAAUGUAUUAGGUGAAAUGGUAAAAUUUUUCGAUUAUAAAAGUAUAAGUAUUAUGUUUCUCGGCAACUAUGUGUACGACAAGCCAACAUUAGCGAUGUUUGAUAAUCUUAGUGUUCUUUUCAAAGAAUUAGUAAAUAAACGAGUGCUAACCACCGAUUACAAAGUGUACGGACAAUGUCAGGUGAUUGGCGCCAUUGUGAAGCCAGGGCCCAACGUCAUGGAUAACUUACACCAUUUUGAUCAUUGGGAUCCGAAGAACAGAAGUUCUUGUAUGACCUUACAAUAUUCUUAA